AUGAGUGCGCUCUCGUCGUGUCGUAACGUUGUCUACGGAUGUGUUGCCAAACAUAUGACUCCUCUCUCUAUUGACUGCUUUAGUGAACGCAAGGAAGAGAUCGUCGCAAAGGUUGCCUCAAAAGCAUUGGUGCCGCAGGUGGUGGUGGAUAUGGUGGCAAACCUCGGUCACAGGGAUGCCGAUGAGAUGGACGACUUGCCCGAUGAAGACGUGGCCAAAGACUUCUACGCCAAAUACGAGCCCAAAGAAGUGCUCGGAAGAGGUGUGUCGAGUACUGUCCGCCGGUGUAUUGAGAAGGAGACGGGACGCGAGUUUGCGGCGAAGAUCAUUGAUGUCAGCGCAGACCUCGAGGACUCCCAGGGGCUGACACUCAGGGAGGCGUCCCUUCGAGAGAUCAACAUUCUUCGGCUGGUGGCCGGACAUCCAUAUAUCAUUGAAUUACACGACGUGUUUGAAUCAAACACUUAUGUAUUCCUCGUCUUUGAAUUAUGUAAAAAUGGAGAACUCUUUGAUUAUCUCACAAGUGUUGUGGCCUUAUCUGAGAAAAAGACUAAAGCUAUAAUGAAGCAACUCUUUGAAGGACUUCAUUAUAUCCAUUCAAACAAUGUUGUCCACAGAGACCUUAAACCUGAAAACAUACUAUUGGAUGAUAACUAUAAUAUAAAAAUAUCGGAUUUCGGUUUCGCACGACUUAUAUCACCGAAGGAACGACUUUACGACCUGUGCGGAACACCCGGUUAUUUGGCACCGGAGUUGUUAAGGGCGUCGAUGUACGAGAACUCUGACGGUUACGGCAAAGAAGUAGAUCUCUGGGCGUGUGGUGUCAUAAUGUAUACACUUUUGGUGGGUUUCCCGCCGUUCUGGCACAGGAAACAGAUGGUUAUGUUGAGGAAUAUAAUGGAAGGCAAAUACGAGUUCUGUAGCCCCGAAUGGGAUGACAUCACAGAUCAGCCCAAAGAUCUCAUUAAAAAAUUAUUGGUUAUCGAACCAAAUGAGAGGAUUAGUGCCACCGAAGCCUUAAAGCACAGCUUCUUUCAGGCCGUGCGCGCACGUGUCGGUCCAUUCAAUGCCCGCAAGACGUUUCAAUUGGCGAUAAUGGCUGUGCGGGCGAUGAUUCGCAUCAAGAGAUUAAAGUAUACUCCGGAACCGCUUAGUCUAGAGAUGGCGAAGAUUAAUCCCUAUAGGAUUAAGACUUUAAGAAAAGCUAUCGACGGGUGCGCUUUUCGGGUAUACCAUCAUUGGGUGAAACGGGGAGAAGUCCAGAAUAGAGCCGCACUUUUCGAGAAUAGGCCUAAAGUCGAAGUGAAACUCUUAUACAUGCAGUCGAUAGCUAUGAACACUAGGAGUUAAAGUCAUCGAACACUCCUAGAAGUCAUAAUACACUCAUAAUUAUGUAAAUCUAUUGUAAAUAAGUUUUAAGUUAUUUUGCGGUUUAGAGAAUGAUUUAAUUUUAGUAAAUCAUGAAAUCGGACUGAAACUCAGUAAAUAAAAUAAUUAUUAUAUAAAUUAAA